GCCAGCCGCGAAGCCCAGCCCCCGUUGCGUGCGCCAGUUUCUUCUGUCAAUCAGACCCGCUUAACCUUCAGGACGCGGAAGUCACGUAAGGGUGUAGUUUCUUCAUUUUUUUCUCUCAUUUGCUUUUGGUGUUCUCUAUUCUCUUCGGGUCUCUUUCAGCGUAAUUUGUGUUCGCCUGUAAGUUCCGGCCGAACUGGAAGGCAUAUCUCUACUCAGGAGUGGCCGUAGUUCCCCGAGCUGUGCACUUUGAAUUAAGGUCAGACGCUCGCAAACCUUUCCCCACCAUCGGCACUGCCGCUAGCUCCCAGCGCACGAUUGCACUUCGUCGGUCAGCGGAGCGUGGAUCAGUUGCACAGGGCAUCAAGUUGACCUCACGGGAGAUCUGAAAGACAGUGGAAGAGUUUGAGAAAACAAUCCCACAAUGUCUAUUUUCUGGAUUUAUUUCAUGCUGUUUGUAUCUGUGUUCCUUGAGUGCCUCUGUAGUAGUACAACAAACAACUCUGACGUUAAGUUACUGCUCGUGUCUUUUGAUGGGUUCAGAGCCAGUUACCUAGAACUUUACGCAUUCCCUAACCUUCAGAAGAUGAUCACCAGUGGAACACUGGUAAAGCAUGUAAACAAUGUGUUUGUAACCAAAACCUUCCCAAAUCAUUACUCCAUUGUCACGGGCCGUUUUGCAGAAAGCCAUGGUGUUGUGGCCAAUACCAUGUACGAUGCAGCCACCAACAAGAGUUUUUCAACCUUUGAGGAUAAAGAUCCGUUUUGGUGGAAUGAGGCCACUCCAAUAUGGGUAACUAAUCAACAACAGGGUCACAAGAGUGGUGGAGCAAUGUGGCCUGGCACUGACGUGUUUAUACACAAUACAACCCCUUCCUAUUACUUAAACUAUAACUACAGUACUCCAUUCAGCAAGAGAGUUGACCAUAUUAUAGAAUGGUUUACCAAUUCAACAGGCCCCAUUAACUUUGGUACAUUGUACUGGGAGGAGCCUGAUUCCACUGGACACCGCAGUGGACCGGACAGUAAAGAACUGAAGAACAAGUUGAAGGAAGUGGAUAAUAACAUCGGCUAUUUAAUCGAUCAACUUCAAAAAACUGGACUGUGGAACACAGUUAAUAUAAUUAUCACCAGUGAUCAUGGAAUGGCACAGUGUUCUGAUAAGAAAGUUAUACAAUUGGAUAAUUGUAUUGGCCGUGGUAACUACACCCGGGUGACUAAUUCUCCAGUAGCAGCUAUAUUGCCUCUUUCUGAUGUAAACUACGUAUAUAAGUUGCUGUCAAACUGCGAUACACAUAUGAAAGUUUAUUUGAAAGAAGAUAUCCCAGACCGUUUUCACUACAAGCACAACAAAAGAAUUCAGCCAAUUCUCCUUGUUGCUGAUGAAGGAUGGACAAUUGUUCAAAAUGGAUCAAUUACACAAUUGGGUGACCAUGGUUACGAUAAUGCUUUACCCAGCAUGCAUCCACUUCUGGUGGCUUAUGGACCAGUUUUUAAAAGAGGUUAUAAAAUAAACUCCAUCAACAACAUUGAUAUCUAUCCGCUGAUGUGCCGGAUCCUUGGACUGAAGGAGGAGCCCAACAACGGAACUUUCGGAAACGUGCGAUGCUUAUUGGCAAGUGAGUCAUGUGUGGGCCUGCCUGAUGUGAUUGGAAUUGUGAUUGGGUCCUUGAUGAUACUGAUUACAGUGUUGUGCCUUCUAAUACUACUGAAAAAACGAGCAACGCCUCGGCGUGCAUUUGCACGUCUCCAGCUACAGGAUGACGACGAUGAUGAUCCUUUGAUAGACUAAUUUCAAUGUGUCUAAAGAGUUAACUAUAAUUGUCAACAGUAAAAUAUAUUUAUCAUCUUAGGACGACAAAAGCUAACAUGAUUACGUCAUCCACCUCUCAGGUUGAGGAACUCCUCAAUAUCAUGCAUGAUAAAGUCAUACAAAAAAAAAACAAAUCAUCCGAAAUGUGAGAUAACUUUGCAGCAAGCAGUGAGCAAAUCCUCUUUGAUUUAGUAAGAUGAAGUAAUUUCUCCCAGUCAUUGUGCUUGUUUACUUCAUGGCAUUUAUCUGCAUCAAGUCAUUAUUGAUAUAUCAGAACUGCAAGAGCUUACGCACAGGUUAUGUGACUUCAAAAAGAACAAUAAGGUCUGAUGCUCACCUGGAAAUGCUGAGAUUAUUUAAGUAUAGGAUCUGUAAUUCAGCAAGGCAAGGGUUAAACUGAAGGAAUGCAGAAUGGAGGAAAAAAUUGCAUUUGUGAGAGUUAUUUUAGCUUGGGCACUUUGAGAAGUCACAGAUAGCUCUAGUACUCCUGGAGUGCUAGGUUGUUUGUUUAAACAUUUUAUGAUCUGUUGGUGAUUAAAGAGUUAAAUUUUGCCAACAGUAGAUGAAUAUUCUUAACUAUUUGAAGUUGCUUGAUUGUCUCAAGAUUGGUAAAACUGAAGUAUAGAAAAAUAUGGGGCGGUGGGGGGGAAGUCUCUUGGCAACCUGUCGAAUAUUGAGUGGCCUGGAUAAAGUGGAUGUGAAGAGGAUGUUUCCUAUAGUGGGUGAGUCUAAGACCAGAGAGCACAACCUCAGAAUUGAGGGGCGUCCAUUCAGAACAGAGAGAUGAGGAAAAAUUUUUAGCCCGAGGGUGGUGAAUCUGUGGAUUUUAUUGCCACAGAUGGCUGUACAGGCCAAGUCAUUUGGUAUAUUUAAGGCAGAAGUUGAUAGGUACUUGAUUAAUAAGGGAGUCAAAAGCUUUGGGGAGAAGGCAGGAGAAUGGGGUUAAGAGGGAUUAUAAAUCAACCAUGACAGAAUUGCAGAGCAGACUCAGUGGGCCAAAUGGACUAAUUCUGCACCUAUGUCGUAUGGUCUUACAGUAAAGAUUUUAGUCAAAUAAUUUUAGGCAGAUUUGAGAUUAAUUUUUAUGUAAUGGGAAAAUAGGUUGUAUUUCUAGAUUAUCAAAAGUACUAGAACAAAGUGUUUUAAAUAAAGUUUAAAAUAUUAAUCAAAUUAUCUAUUAUGAAAACUAGGCAACUAAAAUGUGCUUUUCCAUUGUUACUGUUAUAGUCAAGCUGUCUUUAAGAUUUAAUGCUUCUAAUUGCAAUGUACUUUGAUGCCAAUUAAUUUUAUUUUUAAAGUGGUAUCCCAUUAAGUUUUAGCUGCAAGUAUCCAAAUUCCUUGAAACUUUGAGCUAAAAUUAACAAGCGAUGAUGUGUAGUGGCUUUGACACAGUGGUUAAGGAUUAAAUUAUACUUCCUUCAUUAUUUCAAUAUUAGAUGGAAAGUGUCACGAUGUUUCAAAUGAUUAAAAUAAAGUCUGUGUGGAAUUUAUAUGUCACAGACUGACCUCCAAUAGAUUCCAUGUUUCUAUAAUGGAGUGCAAAGCUCUGGGGGGUGGGGUGUGGAAUCAGUAAUGUACUGACCAUGUUAUACAGUAUACCAAACGUUCUCUUCAAGUGCACUGGGCCAAGGUAUACGAUUACUGUCUGGUUUAUAUUGUUAUAUUGGUAGUCAGGGUUUAUAAUUAGAUGUUUUUAAAAAAAAUGAGAGCAUUCUCAUUCUAUUUUAACUUAGAUAACAUUUGAAUAGCUAUCAAGAAAUAAUUAAUCUCUAAUCACCAAAAUUUAUACUUGUGUCUGUCAAAGUGUUACAUCACUUUAAUACUCCAAAUAGCAAUCUUUUCAUGACUAACCAACCUCUUAAAUAGGGACUACAAAGAUCUAAGUGCUCAAUAUUGCAAAGAUAUGCUUCCAAAGGAAACCACUUUAAAAGUUAAAAUGCAUGUGUCUUAGAGAUAUCUCAUGCCAGUGAGGUACCAUCUUGAGCCUUUGAAAACUGUCUCAUUUUUUAUAGUUCUAUUUUACAAUAUAUAGUGUGUUUACUUCCAGUUUGUUAGAAAAGCCAAAUGAAAAUAAAUAUGAGCAUGAAGAAAAUAGAAUCAAACAAAUGGAACGUAUAAUUUUAUUCUUUGUCUCUGGCCUUCCUCCUGCCCAGCACCCAGUAAGCAAACUAAAUCAGCACAAUCAGCACUUCCUCACUGGUUGUUAACCAACUUUGGUGCAAGAUAUGGCACUGAUUCUUAAAACUAACCACUCCUUACCAUUUUACCUGUAUUAUUGAAAGUUGAAGACAGCUGUGUCUAAUUGAAUUUAAAUGGACUACUGUAACAAAUAUGUGGUGAUUUUAAAAUAAUCGGAAGAUAAACUGUAAAUAUUUUUUCCAGAUAAGUCCACUUUGGAUCUAAAAAGAAAGAUUUAUAAAAACAAGCUAAAGAGAACAAUGCAUUCAGGAAUUGCCACUUAUCUGUCUCAUGUAUUUGAAUUUUGAAAAAGUGGUUAAUAAAUAUUUUACUUUUGUAAAUAGCAGAUUCUGGUUUUGAUUUUUUUUUGCAAUAUAUGGAUAUGUCACAUCAGUGAGGUAAUUGCCCAAUUACAAUAGAUGGAACUUGGAUGUGGAAACAAAACAAACUGAAACUGUUCUCACAGAUUCACCCUGACAGUUUUUUUGCCCAGGAGAUUCAAGUGACAAGACACUACCACAAGGGUGUUCUCCAUUUGUGUUCAUUGUUGAUAGCCUUACAAAUGAUUAAUAAAUUACAUAGGCAACACUCAUUUUUGUCUGUCCGAAAAAUAGGAGGCAACUAGUAUUUUGUAAUUUUGGAUGUC